AUGUUUGUUCUCAGGUCUCAAACCAAACAACGCGGUCUUCAAACGCCUAAGUCAACAAGCUUCGACAUCCAUCACUACUACUCGAGCAACCUGACGUUACGUCGGUUGCUAGAACCUGACUUGAUGUCGGUUCUCCCUUGGCAUGAGCACACUUCGCUCACUUGCUCACCGAUUCCUGCACUCAGACAAUCGACACUACCAUCCGGUACCCUCAGAAGAUCAAUAUCUCAAUUCAAUCUUCGCAACCAGACUGUCCCUUUCAUCUAUGUCGGGUCAAGCGCAUUCAUGUAUAGUGACGGCAGCCCAGAUUGCUAUGGCCGCGAGCACUAUGACGACGGAGACACCAAGUGGCCUUUGAACCAACGGGAUUGUGAGGAUAUCACACCAUACGACGCCCUUGUCCUGGGCGAGCUCAACGAAUCCUUCGCCCCUUCAACGAGAGAGAUGUCCGCCUUUUCUCUUCCGGGAGCCCGUGCCAAUGGUCGUUUCGCACAUGCCAAUUUCACCAUCUGCCCCCAAUGGAGGUUCAGCAAAACUGCCCACCUCACAUUUGUGCUGCGCCGACCACACGAGCAGGACAUCAACAACCACCCCCUCUAUUGGCUUUGGUGGGACAUCAAACCAAGGCAUUUCAAGGCUGUGGAGGGCUCGGCCUUCAAAGACUUGGGAACCCUUGACGAGAAGAUUGCAAACGUCAUGAGGUCUGAGGCCAAAAAGCUCCAUUCCCAAGUGGCCGAGAUUGCACGCACCAAAGACGCCAAGAUUUGUGGUGGUCUCUUCUUCGUGGCCAACUGGAUGUGCGACGCUUCGGGCCGCCUCUCACUCACAUCAUUUUACUAUCGCGAUUUGGUCUGGCACGUCGCCAGCUUCCAACGGCUCUACUUGGAAACUCUUGCAAUGGUGGACUGGUUCAAAACCUGGGAGGCUCGCCUCCUUGAACCUAACCGCCAGGUUUAUCCUGUUGACGAGAGUGUGAUGGGUGCCAUCACUGACAGCCUCGAGACAGCAGAGACUCUGUUCCGCAUUGGGGCGCCCGUUUGGUUGGUUCGUACCCCAGCCGAAAUCCCUCCACAAAUCAACAUCUUGAAUGUACGCCCACCGACGCCAAAAAGCAUUGCCACCCUCCGUGAUCGCCGUCCUUCAGAGGUGGACCCCCGUGAACUCUGCCUUGACGACUAUCCAGAUCACCCUUUUCCUCAUAUCACGACAGCUUCCCCUCGAAGCACUCUCUAUAUACAGGCAUGUCAAACACAUUUCGAAGGGUUUCUUGGACCAGAAGACCCGAAGCCAGUUGUGAAGGGGCCGCAGAGUGGCUCGUUAUCCGUAGAGCCUGAUACAGGGCCCAGUCGAACAGACCGCGAAGUUGUGCGGGCGUCUCCUUACUCAAACCCUGCUUCGUUGUCCACAAAGGCCCCUGCUUCGUCGUCCACAAAGGCAUCAGGGAUCACAACAAGCGUCAAUCACGAGAAGUUUAGUGAGAUUGAGGAGGCCUUCAUACCCCCUCAAUGCUCGGUGUGGAAGAAGGCCCUGCAGAAUGUGAAACCCGACCUGUCCUGCAUCAAAUCCUCCAAAGAUUGUGUCCGUUGGCUUUUUAUGAGGGGAACAAACUGCAAGGCCUUCACAUUUGCUUGGUUAAUCUCGCGCAGCCAAUGGCUUCAGUCCUUCACAUCUCUCGACUACUCUCCAGGGCCCGCGCCACAUACUCAACACUGGCGCGAUUUCUUCUAUCACUUCUCAAAGGAGAUGAAUCUGGUCGAUACUUUGUGGGCCGACAUACCUCUAACAGCGCAACUCAGUCAGAAGGGGAAAACUCCGGCCAAGGGCGGAAGAAAGUCGGUAAAAUCGAAACAGAACUAUGCCAUCAAGCGAGGGGAGUCGCUAAAGAAUGCUCAAGCGACUUUUUUCGGACCCAGAGUCAACGUGGGUGAACGUCCCCAAUUGAUCUUCUGGCGUGAUGUUGCUGUGAUGGAAGGGAAUACCGACAAUCUGACGCCGGCGAUCUCAGCGGAGAUUCUGUGGAACCUUUUUGAGCAAAAUUUUCGUUUGGAGCUUCGCAUGGUGGACCAGCAAGUUUUACCGGCAGAUUGGGCCUCGCAGGAUUCGGCCGCAGUUCGAGAUGAGUUGGUUCGGAGGAUUUUCCCCGAGGAUGACGAUAAUUAUAUUGUUGGGAGAUUGCCGGAGACCAACGUGGGACUCGUCGCGGAGAACUGGAGGGAUCGGGUAAGCCAACUCAUAUUGUCAAUGUACAAAAGAAAGCCAGCUAUGUCUUUGCCUGCCAAGCUUUUCCCUGUAAACAAUGCCCCCAAAACCAGGAAACCUCAUAAAGCUGCCAAGCUUGCAUCUGCUGCUCUAGGAAAUCUGUAUACACCUGCUGGACAUUUUGUUCAGCCCUUUAACCCAGAGGGUAUCUCAGCUUCCAAGAACACAGACCCCUUUGAGCCACUGGCGACAACUCUUACCUUUGAGAAUGAUGGUAAUACAGUCCAGAUGCCAGGGAAGAAGCAGAAACAAUUUCUGCGAUGGGAGAAUGAGGUUCUUCCUAGUCUCAUGGAGCCAUAUAUCAAACUUCUGCAUGAAACGGACUCUUUGCGAAAUAUGGCACAAGUUCGUUCUCGAAGGCAAUGCACCGGUUGUAUUGAGAUGCUUUCUGUUUGCAAUUGCACUUCCCCAGCACUUCAACUCCUUGAACUGGGGUUCUUUCCAUGCGCACCAAUUAAUCCAUCUCUUGCAGUUGACUUGAACAUGCUCGAGUUUGUAAAUGAGCUGUUUGUAAAUGCAGCUCCCAAUACUACUGCUUGGUGUGAAACAUUGGAAGCUUUUCUUGGGAACAGAAGAUACAAGUUGACAACUCGGAAUAGUUUACGUCGCCGUUUUGGAAGUGCUAUGCAGUGGUAUGCAACUUUGAUUGAUAAGAAGAACCUUCUUGUCAACAAUUAUCUGGAUGACAUGAGAAGUUCAAUCAAAGUUUCAGAUGAAAACAUGGAAAUGGCUGAUGAAGAUAAUAUUGAAAUUGAUGAGGAUAUGCAUACUGCUGCACCAAACUUGGAAAGACCAAGUGAUUAUCUGAGAGGACGGUGUCCUUUGUGCUUUGGUGGGAAGGAUUGGUCAAAGCCUGAUGAUUUGGUUGAUUUCAUUGUCUGCUUGGAUGCUUGUUUCAAGCAGAAGUCACGCAAGGCUCAGGGUAAAGAGGCACCUGCGCCUCGGACACAUCCAGAUACAGCAUUCGUUGCCUCAGAAGAUGUCAAGGCCAUGGAGGAUGUAGUCAAUGAAAUUCGCCCAGAGCCAAAGUCCAAGUCAAAAGCCUCAGAAGGAUGA